CUAAUGGAAGCAAUUGUGAUUGUUUCUAGGCGCUACAGUAAAAAUAAGAACUUGCGAUGUUUUUGGCAAGAUGGUUCGGCCGCGGGCCGACGAGCGUCCACCGGGUCGCUUCCUGGAAGCCUUCUAUGGUACCUGCCGCCUCCAGCAUCCAGCCCAGCGCCAGACCAAGUCACUCAAGCCCCGUCUACCAGCCCACCAAUCGUGAGAAGAAUGUGGUGUACAGUCCGACCCCGCCAAUGGAACUGCCUCAACAAGACCUCCAUAGCCUCAUCUUCGCAAGAGCUUUAAAAUGGGCUGACAAAGACGCAAUAGAGUGCGGGAUAACGGGGAGGAAGUACACAUAUGGCAACCUAGUGGACCUGUCCCUUCGUUGGGCUGGGGUGGUGUCGCAGGUGAUGGUCUCCCCGGAAUCCAAGAAGCGCCUCACAAUCUUCUGUACCAACGCCCCGGAGUUUUUCAUCCUCCUACUGGGAACUGUGGCCGCUGGUGCAACCGUCACAACUCUAAGUUCUCAGUAUACAGUCGAUGAGGUUGCACGCCAGCUUGCGAACAGUCAAACAGAGAUGGUGGUGACGGACCCCAAACAUGAAGACGUGUUGAUGGCCGCCUUGACCAAGCUCCGCAAGACGCUCCCCGUCUUCGUCAACGGCGACUCUGCCCACGGACACCCUAACGUCAGACAUAUUCUGGCAGACUCCUCCAAGCCCUGUGUGGAACCCGUCCAGUGUCCCCUGAAAUCAACAGCUGUCAUAAUAUACUCGAGCGGCACUACGGGGCCGCCUAAGGGUGCAGAACUUUCUCACGGCGCCUUCACCUCAAACAUCACCUGCUUCACACACCCUGAUUACUUCUCUUACCUACCUACAACAGCCGAGACGCAAGAAACAGUAGUUGGGUACAUGCCCUUCUACCACCUGUAUGGCCUCUACACCGUGGGAAUGUUCAGCCUCUACUUGGGAGCCAAGAUUGUUUCCCUUCCAGCCUUCACCAGUCAAGACUUCGUAAGGAUCGUCAGGGAUCACAAGUUGCGGGUGGUGCAUCUGGUUCCCCCAAUACUGAACUUCCUCAACGUGAGCCCGACUGUCACCAGUGAGGACCUGUCCAGGGUGAGGGUGGUCAUGUGUGCUGGGGCGCCCAUACCCACCACCAGUGCCGAGGCCCUCAAGAAGAAGGCUCCCAACCCCAUAUUCUUCCAGGAAGGAUUUGGCAUGACGGAAUGUCUAGGUGCCUUGAUGACUCCCUUGAAGGAGGAGAAAAUCGGCUGGUGUGGGAAGUGUGUACCCAACGUGGAGGUGAAGGUUGUCGAUGUUGAGACCGGCCUGGCCCUUCCUGAGAACCAGAGGGGCGAGCUCUGCAUCAGGUCUCCUUCAUUAAUGACCGGCUACCUCGACAACCCGACUGCCACGGCUGAAACUAUAGACAAGGAUGGGUAUUUGCACACUGGGGACGUGGCUAUCCACCAAGAUGGCUUUGUCAGCAUCGUCGAUAGGAUCAAGGAACUCAUCAAGGUCAAAGGUUUGCAGGUGUCCCCUUCGGAAAUAGAAGACUUGCUUCUUCAGCACCCGGGAGUGAUAGAUGCUGCCGUGGUAGGCGUAGAUGAUGAACGAUCAGGGGAGCUCCCAUGUGCCUUUAUCGUCCGACGAGACGGCACCUCAGAGGAGGAUAUUCACAAGUUCCUACAGCCCAAAGUAGCAGAGUACAAACAACUGAAGGGAGGGAUCAAGUUCGUCGAUGCUCUGCCCAAGUCCGCUACGGGUAAAGUGCUCAAGAAGGAUCUUAAGGAGAAAGCAGCCAAGAGGUCCUGAUUGUCCUCAGCUUCCAUACCUCACCCCUUGUUCUAUCAACAUAUGUGACUCACACUGACUGGAUUUAUAACACGGGAAGGGAACUAUCAGGGAGAAAAUGCCAAGUCAUAACGUCUAUAUAGCACUUGGAAGGCGUCAGGAUAAGGAUUUGGAAAGGGACGGUAGGAAGGAAUGGUGUCCAACCACUUGGACGGUCGGGGAUUGAACGCCGACCUGCAUGAAGCGAGAUCGUUGCUCUAUCGUCCAGCCCAAGUGGUUGGGGAAUUAUAACAAGAGAUUAAUUUAGGCCGCUAUUACUGGAAGAAAAACACUAAACGAGCAUGACUAUAGCAAAGAAUAAUUAAUUAGUGGAUAAGUGGGUGGCAUAUAAUACUGUUUAAUGUGGCUAUAUACAAGGUGGCAUAUUUCCUAGGUUGAGAAUGCUUCCUUGCUCUCUGUGGCAAAGGUAAGAGCUCCAGAGGGAGUAAUUGAGACAACAAAAGUCUUAACAUUUUCCAAAGCAAUAAACGCACCUUUGACUAAAUAUGAAAAAACAAAAACAAAUGUCCUCUGUAUGUAAAUUGCUUGUAUUCUCCGUCUCGAUUUGCUUAAUUGACACCUGUAUUAAGACAUUGUGAUUACACUUAAGCAAGAACAUUACCUCAUUAAUAAUAAGUGUGACGUGUGACCUAAAAUGAUUUAAGUCACACGGGUGACCUAAAUCAUUUUAGAAUUAAAA